AUGCGCGUGGUGGCUCACGUGGACCAAACACUGGCCAGCGGGACAGUGACACAGAUUAAGAAGCUCAAGACCAUUUUCGGUCUACAGAAUGUGAAGCACAACGAUGACUUUGCCUCCGUACUCGUGUCGCCGCUCUAUGCGUGGCAAGACACUUACUCACAAGAUGUCAAUGACGAUGUAGUUUCAACAACGCAAGGCUUCUGUGAUCAACUUGAGACCGUUGUUGUUGGAAAAAAGGUACACUAUGCGGGUGCAAAUGGAACGGGAUUGGCCAGUGCGCUGGUUAGUUACGGUCAGUGGAUUUCGAAGUGGGUCGCGUCUAAUCUAUGUCCUGAUUCGUUACCCAAUGAGUUGAAUGACUGCUUGAGUACGCAUAAUGCUCAGUCGGAUGUAUACACGAAUAUCACUAUUCCCAAUGAUGAUCGUGCCUGGUGGUAUCAAUGCUGCACCGUGUUUGGCUUCUUUAUGACUGCACCGCCUGCUGACGGACCGCAGCCACGUAUCGUACCGGCACUGCAGAACGCUGCCUAUUGGCAGCGAAUGUGCCCACUCUACUUUCCGCCCGGCAAGUUGAAUGCGAUUCCCCCCAAGCCACAAGCAGUUGCCAUCAACAAGAAAUGGGGCGGCUGGCAGAUUGGUUCAAACAGUUGCAUCGAGAAUCUCUUUUGGAUCAACGGCGAAUUCGAUCCAUGGCGAUCGGCUUCCAUUAAUUCAGAUUAUGGCGCACCAGGCGGUGGUAAGCGUGCUGACACACCCUCCUGCCCUGACACGAUUAUGGCUGGUGCUGAGCACGGCUGGGAUGGUGAUGACGAUUAUGACGCACCACUUUCAGUGAGACGUGUUCAUGCAAAGGUGAUUGCGGCCAUAAAGCGAUGGCUGGCUGUGUGGGCAACAAAGAAGCAUUGA